AUGGCAGGUGGCACGGAAUCCCCGGGGAGCGGAAAUCUCCCCAGCCGGGCACAGAAGGCACCCAAAAACCCUGCUAUCGUUGCGUAUCUAUGGGACUCGGGAACAGAAGGACAACAGCAGACGGAGGACGACGAUAAAGGGGAUGCGAGCACACACACAUUCCUGAGUCGGGUAUACAGUCACCUUAAAUCUGUGGGCCAAUCCUUACCACGGAAUCUGUCCCGGCCGGCCGAGGAGGUUCUCAACGAAUAUGCUUUGAGCGCCUCUCUAAUUCCCCUGGACCGACGACUAGCAGAGGAGUAUAUCGAUUGUUUUCAUGGUCACUCAUGUGCGACUUAUCGCUAUAUUCCCCGAAGUCAGAGCAAGGAAUUUCUCCACAAGCUCUAUUCCGAGGAUGAAAGUUUCUUGCAAGAUGAUGCCAGUAUGGCGGUUAUUUUGCUGAUCCUUGCCGUUGGGUGCAUUUGGUACCCUUCUUUGCGCAAUCGCGACAUAUUCGAGUAUAAGACCAAAGCUUCGCGGCUCUACGAAGCCGCACAAUCAAGGCUGGAGAAGGCAACAUCCGUAUUUCCGCCAUCGAUUCUAGUGAUGCAAGCGCACUGCCUUAAAUGCCAAUUCCUUUUAGCAGUCAAUAUUUUCAACGGCGCUUGGCUGGCAGUAGGGACUGCUGUCCGCCUUGGUCAGAUAGUUGGUUUCCAUAAAGCCAAAGCUACGGCUUCCACUAGUCUAGAUGAGUUCACCCGCAGGGGUGUGUUUUGGUCAUUAUAUCUCUCUGCCGCUCUUGGACGCCCAAUGAUGAUAACUGACGACGACAUCACGAUACCAUACCCAGAGGCUGCGCUGUCAUCCUCGGAUGGAAUAGACGAUCCUCAUGAAGCCAAGACCGUCCCCGGAAUCGUUGCACACAUAAAACUUGCUCGGAUCACAACGCAAGUACUUAGGAAGCUGUAUGGCUCGAAGAAGCACGAUAAGGUCGCCCGGAAUGAGUCGGUUUCUCAAAUCGAAGCACAGCUCAGCCAGUGGUUAGAUGAAACCCCGGGAUUCUUCAACCCGCAAGAACAAUUCGGCCAGAAGGAAAGCGAAGUCUUUUAUGAUGUCCCCUGGAUAUUCAAGAGGCAACAACGCACUAUUCGUGCUGCUUUCUCCUUUACGUGCAUGCAACUAUACCGAGGGUACUUGUUGGACGAGUUUCUUCAGGCAAAUUUUCAUGAUCGGCCCGCCUUGACCCCAGAGCCACCGGUACGGAAAUGCAUACAGGCUGCGUUGCAAAUGGCGUUGUUUGCUGCAGAGAUCAAAGAAGAUGCUACAUACAACUCAGUCUUUUGGACAACAUCUUACUUUACCUUCUGCGCUAUCUCCAUCUUAACAGUAUAUCUUACAUUAUACCCGGAGAUCGAAAACCGUGCCGCUAUUGAGAGCGUCCUGGAGGAGGCAAUGGAGGGCCAUCGAAAGCUUGACAAUAGCAUGAAUAAACAUUCUCAAAAAUUACUAGAAAAUACCAGGGCUAUUGCGCAGCGGGCAUUCAGAUCAUCUAGAACCAGGCUAAGCUCUUCGGCUGCCAAUGAUAGAACAACUAUUGUACCCAGUGAUGCAAAUGCAUCUGUUACUGGGGAACAACAAAAUCUUCCAUCAGGCUCUGUCUACCCACGGUUAGAGCCACGGGAAGAAUGGGAGGAUACCCAAGGCGCAGUAAAUAACAUUGAAGGUCCGGUCUCUGAUGUGUUUGAGCUUGCAGACAUCGUCAAUGGUGAUGACCUAGAUUUCAUCAUGGAUAUUGGCUUUGAUGCCUCACCAUUCAACCAUAUCGACCCACUUCAAUAUUUUGUUGCCGAUAAGCUUUCAAGGCCAGGGCCGCAGACGUGA